AUCCUCACAUACAUACUCGACUUCAGCGAACAAUUGUGUUCUCGUGCUUCCGCCACAGCUGGCAUCAUGUCAGCCUCUGCCUCGUGCCUCUGUAGACCAUGACGACGAUUCUGCUGACCAACGAGUUGACCACUCUCGCCGCAGAGGCCAAGCGGAAGAACCCCGAGCUUCGCAACGCUGCCGACAAGUCUCUACAGGAGCUCAAGUCGUUCACUGCGACGUCGGAACAGCAACUGGCAGCCGAUCUCCAACGUCGACCAGAAUUCGUGGAGCCGUUUGUGAUCGCCUGCGCAACUCGCAACACCAAAUUCGCGGCGAGCGGCAUCUCGUGCUUGCAGCGACUGAUCGUGUCUGGCGGCCUCUCUCGGGCACGCCUUCAAGAUGCAGUCCAGGCACUAAAUGCAUGUGCGGACUUGGGCCACGAUAUACAGCUCAAGAUCCUGCAAGCACUACCCUCACUAAUACAAAACUACGCAACCGACCUUCAAGGGGACCUGCUGGGAAGCGCGUUGCAGCUAUGUGCAUCUUUGCAGGCCUCGAAAACAACGACAGUCAGCGGCGUGGCCGCGGCAACGCUCCAGUCGCUAGUCACAGUUAUCUUUGAGAAGGUUGCCACUGAAGACGCGACCGCGGACGACGAGGUGGAGACCGUUGAAGUUCCGGGCAGUAAUGGUGCCAUGAAGCUCAAACCAGCAGCAUUUGAUGCUUACAAAGUCUUCCGGGAUCUUGCGCUGGCCGCAGACGAACGACAGACCAAGUUUGUACAGUUCCAGCAUUCCCUGCCAAGCUUGGAGCUCAUAUGGUCAUCUAUGUUCUCCCAUCGCGAGCUCUUUGCGCGUCAUGAUGAGCUGCUGGCUAUCAUUGGUUCUAACAUCUUUCCGUUGAUCGUACGAGCAUUAUCGGAAAGACGGUCAUUUCCUAUCACUGUGCGCUCGCUUCGCCUCUUUGCACUCGUCCUGGAGAGGUACAUGUUCAAAUUCGCAGAAGACUGCGAGGUUGCACUUGGUUUGUGCACUCAGGCGCUCGAGUAUGACCAUGCCGCCACGUGGAAGCGCGCCCUGGUGAUGGAAGUACUGCGCGGCCUCUUCACGAGUGGUAGUCAAAUCGUUGAUGCUUACCACGCCUUCGACAUGCGCGAGGACGGGAAACCAGUCGUGCAAGAUAUUUUGUCAGCAUUCGUAAGGCUUUCAACCGAAAAGCCUACAGCCAUCGGACUGGGACAGCAAUCAUCCGUGCCAACAGGACCAACGUCGCCGGGGCAGAGCGCAACUGAGCAAGCUGCUCUCGAAGCGGCUGGAGGCAUGGCGGGUGUCAUAUCCUUCGGAGCAACCUUUGGCGUUGCAGAGAUCAACAUUGCUGGUGUAAGCUCACAAUGGAGCCUGCCCAAAGUGCUGGUCAUCGACCAGCUCGAUAAGCAUGAUCCAUCUGCGCUUCCCGAAACGUACCCCUACGCUCUCAUCCUAGAGUGCUUGAAUGGACUAUCAGAUAGCCUGGCCAAGAUUAUCCUACCUUUAACCGUACAGCAUGAGAAGCGACGUGCUAGAUCGGCGCGGGCUAUCAGCGAGACGACCGUUUCUUCUGAGGCCCGGUUACGAAGCACCUCUUUCAGAACACGGGCUGUGCCACUCAAUCCUCUGGAUGCCGCAGAAGCGCCGUACGCGGAUCGUGUUUCGGCAGUAGCCAGCAUCGUAGACCACAUAUGGCCGGCGGUGCUGGCAACAGCGUCCACGUUCUUGAACGCCGCUCUCGAUGACCAGUAUUUUCGCAACCUGAUCAAAGCUUAUCAGCGAUUCGUCCAAGUAGCCGGCGUGCUUCGUCUCAGCACACCAAGAGACGCUUUGAUGACCACAAUGGCCAAAGUUGCGAUCCCGCCGCACGUACUGGCCGCGUCGAACAUGGAGCUGUCGAGAUCUCCUGUCGCCGAAAGCCCAAGAAUAUUCUCAAAUCCCAAGAACCUGUUGAGCGUCGAUAGCCUGGUCUCUCAUGCGUCGACAGCCUCGGGGGAUGGGCAGAGACGAAGCUCAAUCGAGUACGCGAAACCAAUGCUGACAGUCCGCAACUUGCUUUGCCUGCGCGCACUACUCAACAUCGCAAUUGCUUUGGGCCCCAUCUUGCAAGACGCUUUUACUGUUGUUCUCAGUGCUCUGAAGCAAGCCGACAUGGUCUUAAGUACAACGACACCGCAACAACUAACACGCCAAAGCUCUUUCUCGGCACAUGGGAGCACUGACAAUGCAUCUAUCGUUCAGGCUUUUUCAGCAGAAGUGGCUAACGUAGAGAAAGCUGCAUCAAACUUACUCGAGAGUACGGCUGAUUACCCUAAUGAGUCUUUCAUCAAGGUGCUCUCCGCUUUCUGCCAAAUGUUGCAUAACAGCAACCAUAUCUUGUCGGCGGCGACGUCUCAGUCAGAUUCAGAUGGGAGGCCAACCACGCCUCGAACUCCGUCCUCGAGUCGACGGACUCUAUCUGGCUUGCCAAGUAUAAGCGCUGGGGGAGACUCAAGAGACUACCAUUUCAUUUUACCGAAGCUCGGUAAACUGGCUGAACUAAACGUCACGCGGUUCACCCGCGAUGAACCGAUGAAUAGUGGCUGGACCAACCUAGUCGACGAGUUGACGGCCGUUACCAAGAACAACGCCCUCCCAAAGGACGCACGACACUCAGCAACGAACGUGCUUGUGAAACUUGCAGAGGCGACGGUAGCUGAUGUCGUGGAGUUGGAGCCCACAGAGCGCGCUCCUGUGCAAGAACGAGCGAUCGCUACACUUCUGCGUAUCGUUCGUGAUAUAUACCUUGAGGAUGGUGACCUGAGCUCGACAGACUUGGAGCUACAAAGCUGCGUCUUUGACUCUCUCCGGACUAUUUUGGAAAAAUACGGCGAGUCACUUGCUGCAGGCUGGGAUCGUCUUUUGGCCAUCAUUAGCAGUGCCUUCGAGCAGGACAGCACCACUGUAACGGAGACUGUCGAAGCAGGUGUUGACAUAGAUUGGACGCACAUCUCGUUCGAUCUUGUUACUCCACAAAUUGGCCGCAUUGCAUUUGAUGCUGUUCAGCUGCUUUGCUCCGACUUCAUGGACUCCAUACCGCAACGAACAGUGGCUUCGCUGAUUGAGUUGCUGCACCGAUUUAUGUGUCAGCCAGACGACCUAAACGCUUCUCUGACGACUGUCACUUUGGCAUUGACCGUUUCAGAUCAUCUGUUCGCGAAGUGCGGCCGAGCUGAGCUGGACGAUUUCAUGGCGGAGGCUCAAGAAUUCGACGAUUUAGAGGACGACAUGAAGACCAGGGUACGAGGGUGUCGGCCAGCUCAGUGGCUCAUGCUACUCGUUCGUCUCCGGACUGUGGCCACACAAGCCCAUGGUGAAGUUCGCAACGCCGCAUUCCAAACAAUUUGCAGUGUCGUGAAAAGCCACGGUGACGAGAUGUCUCCCAACUCUUGGGACAUGCUGUUAAGGAGUACGCUCAUGUACAUCUCUAGGGUGGAUUCUUACUCGUAUAUGGAGGAUCAUGCCUCAAAAGUGGACUCUAACGCCGAAUCAAAAGCACCAAACAUCGCGAUGUCAACAGCAAUCGUUGCUGGACAAUCAGGGGUGAUUGCACAUAACUUGCGCCUCCUUGAGCAGGUAAAGAAACUCCCUGGCCUCUGGGAAGUGUUUCUGAACGUACUGGAGCGAUAUCUUGAUGCGGAGCACCAUGCUCUAAACACCGUUGUGUAUACUUCAUUGGCACGUGUGCUAUCAGGUAUCGAUCCGUCGAUCACUGUAUGGCAGUCCCCCGUGUACAGAACUAUGAGUCUGUGGCUUAAACGAGUACCACACAGCGGGGAUCGUUACCAGAAGCAAAAGAAUCACAGUAACCAGGAUGCAUUUACUGCAUACGCGGAGGCAGGGGAACAGCUGUACAGGCUCACGCUUGACAGCUUGAGCCUUUCCCAAGCUCGCACACUCAUCGACAACUUGUUCCACUGCGUGAGUGUCGCUGACGGGCCUCUCUAUGGCGCCGAUACAAACAUGACGAGCCCUCUCCAAGCCAAGGUUUUGUCUUUAUUGCAGAGUAUCAAGCUGGGCCAUUCUAAUCUCUCGGCAUGCCUGAUUACUGUGGCGGCCAAAUUUGCUACGCUGCAUCAUGACCUAGCAAGAUCUAAAGAGUCUUCCAAUCAGGGCCCAACUUUCAUCGCCAUAGCGGGCGAGGCAAUCCUUUGGCUUCAAGAAUUGGUCACACUCAUGCUAAAGGACCUAGAGGCUUUUGAUGGUGAUGCCUUCGUACAAGCCUUGCAGAGCUUGAGGGAACUGAUCAAAGCAAAAUAUGGUGUCAGGGCCGAACAGAAAGGCGUUCCAUUGUGGCAGAAAGCAACGAACGCAGCACUGGCAAUGGCAGGACCCGCCUUUGCUCGCCUCGAAAGUAUCGACAACGACAUGCAGAAUCAGAUCUUGUCGCACUUCGUCGGCAUUCUGAAUGGCAUCAUUAGUAACGACAGUCUACAUCACAUCAGCGAUGCACAGAAGAUUUUUGACGACCAGGCAUUUGACAUAAAAAGCUUUCAGAUACUUCGAGACGUCCUGAUUCCUCGACUUCGCAGAUCGGAAGUGAGUGAUGACCUUCGACUUGCAUAUAGCGCUCAGCUGUUCAAAACAUCAAUCAUUCAUGACCCCGUAGACCAUGAUUCUCCGGAACAGCAUCAGGCAGUGGUCAAGGAUCGGUACAAGACUCGCAAUGGUCGUGUCAGAAGGAUAUCAUACUCACCGAGGGAAGAUCUAGCAUACAUAUGCUGGAAGGAGCUGGCAACGCUGUGCUCACAACAGGGAGAGCACAAUCGAGCGUCUGACCCAUUAGCGUUGGCAGCUGGGCCCCUUCUGAUCGAGAGGCUUGCGAUCCCCAUUCGGGCAUAUAUUGCGGAUCAACCACUUCGAGGAAGGCGACCUCAACCCCUCUCUGAGCUGGAAGAGCUCUUAUUCACUUUCGCGUGCAUUAAGGAUCUGAAGCUGCCAGCUCGCACGCUGGUGAGUGAUUUGCAGAUGGAAGCAGCGAAGCAAGUAUUUGCUGAGACACACCUUCACCUUCUCUACCCACUGCUUAUAAAAGCCGCAAGCACAGCUGGUAACAAAUGGUCAGGUGCUGAAGAGGUACUCAGCCCACUGCAGUCCCUUCUGACAGCUAUCGGUACAGCUUGAUGGGAAACAAUGUCUGGGUAGGGAUCUUUAGACGUGGAAGCCUUGCGAAGACCAUCACCAUCCCGGCCUUGAGCCGUAGGACCGUAGAACUGGAUAACCCUCGAGUAUAAAAAGGCGUUCAAACUAUCGGCUCGGAACUU